GGUCUUUCCUCCUUUCCUCCAGCCCCUGGGAGUCCAGCCUCCCAUCCCCAGUCCCAGGCGCUGGGGUCAGUCCCACAGCUCAGAGGGGACACCUCCACUUCGCAUUGGUGGCAAGGAGACAGGAGGUCCAGACCUUUUCAUCUUGGGGCCUGUGGUGGGCAGCCAGAUGCAGGCACAGUGAGGAGGGGUGGCCAGGAGACGGGGGGAGCUGGGCUGGCUGGUGGUUCAGGGGUCCUCAGGUCCAGCUUCCCCUUCCCCUACCACCCGCAGGCGAAACCUUCCUGCACUGCUUUUGCUGGUGGGCCGCAGACCCCGCCUGACCUGCCGUUGGCCUGUCCCCUCCCAAAGCGGCCCAGCUGGACCCUGCUCCUCCGUGAGGACACUGCUCUGGCCUGCUGCUGCCACACCCCUCCCGAGAGUUCUCGAGACUCAAGGGAGUCUUGUUGGGCCAGCCAAGUCCAAAUGCAGGUCACCUGCCUUCUACGCCCUCAGCAGCCCUGGCACCGAGCUACAGAAACAAUUAUCUGGAUCAUCUUUAUGGGGCUUACGCUUGGGUGGGAGCAGAUGGGAUGUGAGCUGGGGAUUUGGGGCUGGGUACCAUGCCCCCCCACAUCCCAGUCUGUUAUAAAGCCUUGUCUGGCCCAUGGACCAUGAUGGACCAGGAAGGGAAAGUGGAUGAGGGCUCAGUCCCCUGCAUCAAGGCGGGCUCCCCGGACCAGGAGGGCUUCUUCAACCUGCUGAGCCACGUGCAGGGGGACCGGAUGGAGGAGCAGCGCUGCUCUCUGCAGGCAGGGCCAAGCCCGACCUCCGAGCACCAUAGCGUCCCCGCACCAGAGAUGGACAAUCUCAUGGACAUGCUGGCCAAUACCCAGAGCCGCCGCAUGGAUGACCAGCGUGUGACAGCCAGCGCCCUGCCUGGCUUCCAGCCCAUAGGUCCCAAGGACAGAGUGCAGAAACGAGCCGGGACCCUUAGCCCCCAGCCCCUCCUCACCCCUCAAGACCCGACUGCUCUCAGCUUCCGUCGGAACAGCAGCCCCCAGCCCCAGACACAAGCCCCCUGAGGGCCUGAGCCGCUCUGGACCCCACUCAGCCCUUGAAAGCACACAAUAAAACACUUCCACGAGCAACAAGGAACUGCGUGUGUGUU